GAGCGGGCGGGCGGGAGGCGUCGGCGCCAGACGCGGAGGAAGGAGCUGCGACCAGCCGCCAAGAGGCCGCGGAGCCAGCGACGACCGAGCCAGCCGAGCCGCCGCCGCCGCGCCCCCAUGGCGGCCGCCAAGGACACCCAUGAGGACCACGAUACCUCCACCGAGAAUGCAGAUGAGUCCAACCAUGACCCCCAGUUUGAGCCCAUAGUUUCUCUUCCUGAGCAAGAAAUUAAGACGCUGGAAGAAGAUGAAGAGGAGCUUUUUAAAAUGCGGGCAAAGCUAUUCCGAUUUGCUUCAGAGAAUGAUCUCCCAGAAUGGAAGGAACGAGGCACUGGUGACGUCAAGCUCCUGAAGCAUAAGGAGAAAGGGACCAUCCGUCUUCUCAUGAGGAGGGACAAGACCCUGAAGAUCUGUGCCAACCACUACAUCACGCCGAUGAUGGAGCUGAAGCCGAAUGCGGGCAGUGACCGUGCCUGGGUCUGGAACACCCACGCCGACUUUGCCGACGAGUGCCCCAAGCCGGAGCUGCUGGCCAUCCGCUUCCUAAACGCCGAGAAUGCACAGAAAUUCAAAACAAAGUUUGAAGAAUGCAGGAAAGAGAUCGAAGAGAGAGAAAAGAAAGGUGAUGUGGCACCUCCGGUGGGGCUUCCCCGCAGACUCACUCUGCACCUGGCUGCAGCCCCAGGAUCGGGCAAAAACGAUAACGCCGAGAAAGUGGCUGAGAAGUUAGAAGCUCUUUCGGUGAAGGAGGAGAGCAGAGAGCAGGCCGAGGAGAAGCAAUAAGCUGUCUGCCCUGUCUUCUUUCCCUUCCUUUCUUUCCCUUUCCUUUCUUUUUUUUAAUUUUGCCCCGCCCUUUUUUGUUUUUUUAUUCUGUUUUGUUUUUACAAGGGACUUUAUAUAAAGAACUGAAUUCCAGCAUUCAGGUUGUUUUUUCUAAGUUUUUACCCUGUGAAGUUGACUUCAGAAAAUCCAUUCCCAGUCAUGAAGAUGUGCUGUGCUAACUUUCUUUUCCAUAGUGGAAACACUUAUUUAUAGUCGUCAAGAUAGUGAAUAAACGACACGUUUGAAACCUG